AUGGGCACGCUCUACCACGUUAUGCACACCGGUGCAAGGCCAAUUGGCCUGCCCGAAUUCAUGGACGCCCUGCGCGCCAUCUCCCCUCCUCGCUUCCCCUUUACCAGAGGCUCACGACGUAGACAGGUUGCCAUGGCCGUAAGCGGCGGCGUGGAUUCUAUGGCCCUUGCCUUCCUCUGCUCCCAAGUGCGCAAACUGGAACCCGACUUCAAAUUCUCCGAUAAUGUUGUCUCCAACUUUCGCGGCUUUAUCGUUGACCAUGGCCUCCGCCCAGAAUCUAGCGAGGAAGCCAAAUUUGUCUGCAAAGCCCUCCAUAAUAUGGACUUCUCUGCCGAGAUAUUCACACUCCAAUGGUCCAAGACGGCACUGCGCGGCCACGACCAUCCCAAGGAUUUGCCUAAUCUCGAGAGCGUCGCCCGCAGGCUGCGCUAUCAGAAACUGGGAUUUUCGUCCCACCUUCGGAAGAUUGCUUCGCUGCUGCUUGCGCACCACGAAGAUGACCAGUACGAGACCCUUCUCAUGCGCCUGCUACAGGGCCACGGCAGUCGUGGUCUGCGCGGCAUGCAGAAAGCCCAAGAUAUCCCCGAGUGUGAGGGCCUAUUCGGCGCAAACCGGAGUGGUUACAUUGACGAUCAGCGUCGCGAAUUUCCAUACUACGACUUGAAGCCGUCGCGGAGGGAGUGCAAGUCUCUACGCCAAGAACUCAAGUCUGAAAUGAUAGACCCUGCUAUGCUUCAGAUAGAAUUGAAUGGGUAUUCUGCGACUGGCUUAAUCGACGUUGAUUUGGCAGAAAUAUACCAGCCAAGUGAUGUACCAAUAGAGGAGAUGUCUCCGUGGAAGCGGUCUGACCCAGUGGAAAUUAACGACAUUGAGGUGGAAGAUGGUGGUGUUACUGUAUACCGGCCUUUGCUGGAGUUUAGUAAGGACCGCUUGAUUGCUACUUGUGUGGAGAACAAUGUCCCUUGGUGGGAAGAUGCUACGAAUAAGGACCCCACGCUGACGAUGCGAAACGCUGUCAGACACUUGCACAAGGGCUACACACUCCCUGUAGCUCUACAGAAGCCGGCUAUCCUUGCCUUGUCCAAAAGAUGUGAGCUCAGAGCUCAAGCGCAGGAGGCCGAAGCUAAUAGGCUGCUAAGCCGAACCAUCAUUCACGAUUUCGAAACGUACGUCGGGACCGUAACCGUUCAAUUCCCUGUCAUCAAAUCACCCCUAACGAAGAGGGACUUGCGCUCACCGCUGCGCCGUCGAGCGCGCCUCGCGAGAAGAAGAGAAGUUGCUGCGAUUGUCUUGCGCAGAAUCCUGGAGCUGGUGACCCCUGAAUUACACUCACCGCUCCUUGCGACUUUAGUAGGCCAUGUAGCUCGUCUGUUCUCAUCUCUCGCUAGCCCUGACGAAGCUACGUUAGCCAACCAUCCCAAGGCAUUUACUGUCGCCGGCGUGCAUCUCGUCCCCAUCGAAUAUAAACCUGACUCCAAAGACACCCCACAAGGUACGAGUGAGGGCCUUGAACAGCCACGGCUAGCCUGGUACCUCUCACGCGCGCCAUAUUCUGCCACCAAGCCUCUCCCGCGCGUUCACACACCGUAUCGUGCCGUCUUGCGCGACGACACGGGGCUUUGGAAGGGGUCCCGGCGCACAGUAUGGAAGCUAUGGGACGGUCGCUACUGGAUCAACAUCUACCACCGGCUCCCGUACCGCCUUGUUGUGCAGCCAUUCUUGAUCGAGCACGUGAAAAUCUUCCGAGAAUUAUUAAGCGAAAACACCAAGUAUCGCCUAGCGGCACUACUCAAGAAGUAUGCCCCUGGUAAGGUCAGAUAUACCCUGCCGGGCCUCUAUCUCGAGGAGCCCCUAGACCUAGAGAGCGAAGAUGUCGAGCCAAGGCCGGGAUACCCAAACCCGGUGCGUGUAGACAACAACGCCAACGCCAACACCAUCACCGACGAUGGUACCGGGACCCCGGCGCCGGCGCCAUCCCUACAUCCCAGGGUCCUGGACGUCUCUAAGAUGAAACUCCUCGCGCUGCCCACCCUCGGCAUCCACAUCCCCAACCUCGAGAGGUGGGCUUCGUACAAGGUGAGGUACCGCAAGGCUGACCCGAAGACGCUGAGUACGGCCGGCUCGUUUAGUAAAGGAUCUUUUGGCACUCCCCGCGUAAGGGGGCGAGAGCCUGGGGCCAGAAGAGGAAGAGUAUUUGGGACUUCGGGGAAGAUGAAGAAGAUGAAGAGGCAGGGUGUGAUGUCUCGACAAAGGGAGAGGAGGAAAACAGAAUAACGACGAGUCAUUCGAGCGUUGAAAUAGAUACAUAAGAACCUACCGACUAGGUAGGUAAGGUAGAAAUAUGAUAUGCUUGACCCUGAUAAACCAAGAUCUAGAUAGUUAUAGUGAUCACCUAAUUACCUUCCUUCUCGGAUUUUGAAUCCCCCUUGAAAAAACCGAAUAUCAAAACUAGGUCGGUAGGUACCUACUUAGGCACCUAGCAUAUUGUAGAG